UUUCAAUCACAAUCAAAUAACGUCUCAUGUAAUGGAAUCACUUCAAAAAAAGCUACAAAACAAAUGACACAACAUACAAUUGACAAAGUUAUAAAUCAGUUAGCUACACCAAAUUUAGACAAUUUAUUGACACGUGGCUUUGGACAACUUAAACAUUGCAUCCACGAUUAUCUUAAAAAUAUAGAAAACUGGUCAGUAGAAGAUAUUGAGAGUGAAACAGUCUUGAUCGAAACAUUUGAGUUUGCUUAUUUGGAUAAUGAUUAUGGGGUAAUUAUCCGUGCAUCCUCUGACUAUUAUGGACAAGUAGCUUUCUCUGAUAUUAGUGUUGAAAUGGAUGAAUCAGAACAAAAUGAUUAUUUAACAGAUAAUAGUUUAUGUUAUGCAAAGCAGGUUGGAUUAAAGUUAAUACCUGAAUCUGGAUUUAAUCACUAUCCGAAUUUAAUCAUAAAUCCAGAUAUAUUGAUUAAAUUAAAUCCGAAUUCAGGUUCUUCUUAUUCUUCGGCUUACAUCUCUAAAAUUAAAUCAGAAACUAGAACUUGCCCUCGUUCAUUG